AUGCCGUCCAAAGCCAACGUCACGCUCAACGCUCUGAUUUUCCUCGUCUUCGUCGCGUUCGCGAACGUGCUGAGAUUCCCCGCGUUCCCGAUCAACGAACAGACGAAGCGUUCGCUCGGCUACCCGGGGGACUCCCUGUUGAACUUCACCGAGCUGACCGGUCACUAUGGUUACGCAUCAGAGGAGCACAGCGUCGUGACCGACGACGGAUGCGUUUUGAGGUUGUUCCGAAUCACCAGGGGGAGGAAGCAUCGAGGUAGGACCAGACGGCCACCCGUAAUACUGAUGCACGGUCUACUGCAGAGCUCCGACGCCUGGCUGGACGCGGGCCCUGAAGCCGGCCUGGCGUAUCUCCUAGCGGACGCCGGAUUCGACCUGUGGGUCGGCAAUGUCAGAGGCAACUACUAUUCCCGCGGCCACGUGCGCCUGGAUGCGGAUAAAGACGCGGAGUACUGGCAGUUCUCCGUUGACGAAAUCGGUCGGCACGACGUGCCCGCUACGAUCAACUAUGUGUUGAAGUAUACUAAUAGCGAAAGAGUGAACUAUAUUGGAUUUUCCCAAGGUGCUGGGACCUACUUCGUCAUGUGCUCGGAGAGACCGGAGUACUGCGACAAAGCUCGGGUUUUGGUUGCCCUAGCGCCGGCCGCUAGGCAGACGAACACGAAGUCGCUACCAUACAGGACUUUAAUGGAGAGCGUUCGAAGUUUGGAGGGCGUUCUGAAGCUGUCUGGCGUUCAGGAAGUGUUUUCUAAAGGCGCGCUUAGCCAAGAGUUUCUUGCUUUCUUCUGCCAAUUCAGUUGGCUUACGGAGUAUGUGUGUGGUAUCGGUGAGGCGUUGUUCGACUCCUUCCAUCCAGGCUCCAUCAGGAACGAGACCUUACGAACGCUCUUCGGCCACUUCCCCGCAGGGACUUCUGUCCACAACCUGGUUCGUUACGGCCAAAGCAUGCGAAGCGCGAAAUUCGAGAAGUUUGACUACGGGAAAACUAAGAAUUUGGAAGUGUACGGAAGCAGUCGUCCCCCCGAAUACAACUUAAGCGCUGUGACCCUGCCGGUGAUGGUUUUGUACGGGGAAAGUGAUCAUUUGGUGGACCCUAAAGACGUGUUCUGGCUGGUAAGCAAGCUUCCUAAUGUAGUGGAAACAGUAAAAGUUGACGAUCCACUUUGGAACCAUUUGGACGUGACGUACAGCAGCCUAACGAAAGAUAGAAUCUUUCCAAAAAUUUACGAUAUUUUGCUAAAAUAUAGUGAC